CUCUCUCUCUCUCUCUCUCGCAUAUUGGGUUCUUGCUCUCAACGCCAGAUUAGAUUCUCUUUCCUCUCGUUCUUCCUUCUUGUCAACUGUGUGUUCAUGUGGUUGGCUUCAUACAAUCUCAAGCUGGGUGCUGUUUCAAUCGUUGAGGUCUUCUUUCAUCGUUCGAUACAGUGCUGUGGUGUGUCUGCGUAUACAGAGCUUCAAAUUUUUUCUUCAUAUAUGUGAUGUUGUUGGGGCACACCACACAUGGCCUCUUCUCUACGAGAACUUCUCACACAAGAAGGCUUCCACUACGAAAAUCGAAAUCGAUUCAAGUCCAAAGACCAGGCCGAAGCAAAACAACUCUCUCUCUACAUUUGCCAUGAUCGGAAAAGCUUUGAUUUUUCUGAUGACAAGCUACAAAAAUCUGUUACGCGAAAUGGGUCUUUGUCAUUUCAAUCCAAAAGGGUUGGUUCGUCUGAAACCUCUAAUUCAAACUCAAAUUCAAGAGUAUGUGAAGGACCUCCCAUGGAUGAAGUCGCGAUUCGAGCAGUGAUUGCUAUACUUAGUGGGUACAUAGGAAAUUACAAAAACAACGUUUCUUUUCGCGAAACGAUACGAGAAAAAUGCAAUUCUUGCUUGAUGAACAAACGAAAGAACGAUUUGGAUAGUCAGAUUUUGGUGAACUUGGAAAUGGGUAUGGAGAGCAUUGAUAGAUUGGUACAAGAUCAAGGGUUGAAGAAGAAACAAAUGAGAAUCAAAAGCAUGCGAAAUUCCAUUGAGCUUUUAACCAUCGUUGCUUCUUUGAAUUCUAAAACGUCCAAAGAAGAUUCAACUUGUGGAAUACCCAAUUCACAUCUCUCUGCUUGUGCUCAGCUCUACUUGGCUAUAGUGUACAAGCUUGAGAAAAAUGAUCGUAUUUCCGCAAAGCACCUUCUACAAGUGUUUUGUGAUUCCCCAUUUUUGGCUAGAACCUUUUUACUUCCUGAGCUUUGGGAGCACUUAUUUCUACCCCAUCUUCUGCAUCUCAAAAUUUGGUUCACGAAAGAGCUUGAGUACCUCUCAAACGAAGCUCAUGAUCAAGAGAGACAAAAGAAAUUGAAGGCUUUAAGCAAAGUAUACAAUGAGAAAAUGGAUAAAGGAACUACUCUAUUUGCUUUGUACUAUAAGCAGUGGUUGAAAGUUGGGGCUAAUGAGCCUCCGAUUCCGAGUGUACCAUUGCCAUCAAGGCCAAGGCACAACAGGCCAUCAAGAAGAACUUCAUCAGAUUCUUUCACUUCACAUAAAUCAUCAAUGAACCAGAACUUGUACCAAGCAGUGUUUGGAUCCAAACUGAAGCAAAAAUCAACUAGUUCUGAUGACCGAACUGGACUGUUGAGAAUUACCUGGCAUUCAGAGAGAGAUGAAUAUUUGGAUGGGGAUGAAUACUGUAGCAAUAGUACUGUGCAGAAAGAAGACAGGAAGAUGACUUCUUUUGGAAGCUCUCCAAGGAAAAUCAAUAGAAACCUUUCUGAAUUGCCUGAGUCGUGGAGAUCAGACUAUUUCCAGUGUUUUUCUUGCAGGAAUAUACCGGCAGAAGGCUUGGUAGUUGGCAAUAAUACAGAUAGCAAUGUUUUCCCAGCAAAGCGAACAAAUCUUUCAGGUGAUCUUAUUGAAGCUAUUAGAACACUAUGUUCAUCAGGAGUUCUAAGCGAAUGUGAAUUUGGAAUUCAUGUGAUCACCAAAGCUUGGUUGAACUCUGAUGGUGAUCCUCUCCUUGUAGAAGCCUUGUCAAAUCAUAAUGUGAUUGAGGCCAUGCUUGAGGUGUUAUUUGCCUCUAAUGAAGAUGAAAUUCUAGAAUUGCUAAUAUCAAUUUUAGCAGAAUUAGUAGGUAGGAAUUCUGCUGUAAGCCAAAUUAUACUGAACUCAGAUCCACAGCUUGAAGUCUUUGUCAGACUUCUUAGAAGCACAAGUCUAUUUCUUAAAGCAGCAGUACUACUUUAUCUGUCUAAACCACAGGCAAAGCAAAUGUUGUCAUCAGAAUGGGUGCCAUUAGUGCUUCGGGUUCUAGAAUUUGGAGACAAGAUACAGACACUUUUUGCAGUGCAAUGUAGUCCUCAUAAGGCAGCAUUUUACUUGUUGGACCAACUCCUUACUGGUUUUGAUGAUGACAAGAACUUAGAGAAUGCAAGGCAAGUUGUUUCUCUUGGGGGAUUGACAUUACUGAGCAAAAGAAUUGAAGCAGGGGAAAUUUACGAGAGAAAUAAAGCUACUUUGAUAAUUUUGUGUUGCACUCGCGCAGAAGGAAGCUGUCGCAAUUUCUUAGUUGAAAAUUUCAAUAAGGCUUCUCUACUAGAACUCCUUGUUCUUGAUUAUACUACAAACUUCAGUGGCUCUACCUUGUCUUUGCUAGCAGAGUUACUCUGUCUUGACAGAAGAACUAGAAUUUCCAAUUUCUUAAGAGGACUCAAAGAAGGCUGGGGUGGCUUAAACACGAUGCACAUUUUGUUUAUGUACCUAAGGAAGGCUCUGCCUGAAGAACGACAGUUAGUUGCAACAGUAUUGUUGAUGCUUGAUCUUAUGGAAGAUCCUUUCAAGGGCAGCUUUUAUAGAGAAGAAGCAGUUGAGACGAUUGUGGCUGGUUUAAAUUGUGAGAUGUGUGAUGAUAGAAUUCAGGAGCAAUCAGCUAGAGCUUUGCUCAUGUUGGGAGGCAGAUUUUCUUACACAGGAGAAUCUAUAAUGGAGAAAUGGCUUUUACAGAAAGCAGGCUUCCAAGAAAGUUGCUUCCAUGAUUCAUGUCUUGGCAAGGAGAUUGUUGUCUAUGACUCAACACCUCUUAUACAAGAAGAGGAAGAAGAGGAGAAUUGGCAAGAGAGGGUAGCCUAUGCAAUGUUGAAAAGUGGACACAAGAAAUUACUAUUAGGGCUUGCAGAAUCCAUGGCUCAUGGAAUUCCAUACUUGAGUCGAGCAAGCCUCGUGACGGUCUCAUGGAUGAGCAACUACCUUCACCUUGUUGAGGACACAGAGUUGCCAACAGUGGCUUCCUCUAUCUUGAUGCCACAGUUAUUGCAAUCCUUGAAUUAUGACAGGGACAAUGAGGAGAGGGUGCUUGCUUCUUUUUCUUUACUAUGCCUCUUAAAGGCUUCAGGAAGAUGUGAUGUUGCAUGGCGAAAUAAGGAGUCGCUGAGACAACUCCAAAACCUCUCAUUGGUGACGUGGACAGCCGCUGAGCUCCUCUCCAUUCUCUCCAAAACCAGCUUGCAUCCACAACAACAAUAACCAAUAAUUCAUCUCUCUCUCUCUCUCUAAGUUAUAGAAGGAGGAUCUGUAAUAUGUAUAAUGAGAUGAUUUUGUAUAUAUAACUGAUUAACCCAUGAAAUUAAGGGAUUGGUUCUUCCAUAAUAACACAAUAAUGCAUAUGUUUCAUUAGCUGC